GCGUUAAUAAAUGCAUGCUGGCUUCUCUCUUAUAUUCAUUUCAACACUCUUAUAACUUAUCAACAUUUUUUCCUCUUCCCAAUUUUCAGACCCCACAAUACAACACAACCUAAAACAAAAUCAAAAACAUCAUCCGAAGAGAAAAUGAAACUUGUCUGGUCCCCUGAAACAGCUUCCAAAGCAUACAUCGACACAGUUCAAUCUUGCAAGGUUUUACGUGGAUCCGGCAUGGCGGAGCUAAUUUCAGCCAUGGCAGCAGGAUGGAAUGCAAAAAUGAUAGUAGAAACAUGGUCAGAAGGAGGUGUAAUCGAAACAAGCUUAGGUUUAUCAAUAGCAAGAAAACAUACAAAUGGGAGACACGUAUGCAUAGUUCCAAACGAGGCAUCAAAAUUAGAGUACUCUAAAAGAAUGGGUGAACAAGGAACAUCAACAGAAAUCAUUGUAGGAGAAGCAGAAGAAGUUAUGAAAGAUUUCAUUGAAGAGAUAGAUUUCAUGGUGGUAGAUUGUGAAGGAAUUAAGGAUUUGAUGAAGGUUUUGAAGGUGGCUAAGUUAAGUGUUAAGGGUGCAGUUUUGAUAUGUAAGAAUGUUAAUUUUAGGAGUGGGAAUUUUAAAUGGGAGAAUAUUGUUGUUGAGGAAGGAGGAUCAAGGUCACGUCGUGUUGUUAGGUCGGUGUUUCUUCCUGUUGGGAAGGGACUUGACAUAGCACAUGUUUCAGCUGUUGGGGGUAAUUUGGGAAAAGAUGGUCAUGGUCGUGGUGGUAGUAAGAGAUGGAUUAAGCAUGUUGAUCAACGGUCAGGAGAGGUGCAUGUUAUUAGACGAUAAUCAACAUGCUUAAUCCAUCUCUAUAGUAUUUUUGGUAUCUUUUUUGUUUUGACAAAAGUUUUUGUUUUGUAAAUAGGCUGACAAAUUAUAUUUGUGGUAUGCUACUUGCUACAAAUCAUUAUAUUUCUUUAUUCUUAUCAAUCUAUAGCCCCAAUUGUUUUAA